GGUAACCAUAGCGACCGUCAAUAACGUCCUGAUAUAUCCUUUUCCUGUUUCUCUCUCACUAUUGAAGACAUCAUAGAAAACGUGUCUUCACUUCAAUUCACUGACCAAUUGAUCCCAAAGUAGUGGACAGUUUGCCGAAGACUCGCAGCGAUGGGCGCUUAUAAGUACAUUCAGGAGAUCUGGCGCCACAAGCAGUCGGAUGUGAUGCGCUUCCUCUUGAGGCUGAGGUGUUGGCAAUACAGACAGUUGAAUGUCAUCCACCGCUGCCCCCGACCCACGCGCACGGAGAAGGCCAGACGUCUGGGAUAUCGGGCCAAACAGGGAUUUGUUGUCUAUCGGGUCCGCAUCCGAAGAGGUGGCCGCAAGAAGCAGGUGCCCAAAGGUGCCACUUAUGGUAAGCCGAAGAAUCACGGCGUGAAUGAGCUGAAGCCCCGCCGCAACCAUCAGGCCAUCGCCGAAGAGCGCGUCGGCCGUCGUGUGGCCAAAGCCCUACGCGUGUUGGGCUCGUAUUGGGUGACACAGGACUCGUGUUUCAAAUACUUCGAGGUGAUUUGCAUCGACCCGUUCCACAAGGCUAUCCGUCGCGACCCGAAGGUGAACUGGAUCUGCGCGCCCACACAGAAACACCGUGAGCUCCGGGGGCUGACGAGCGCCGGCAAGAAGCACAGAGGACUCGGCGGACGCGGUCACGGCUACAGCAAAGUGAUCGGCGGCUCCCGUCGGGCCAAUUGGCGCCGAAGACAGAUAUUGCAGUUGCGACGAAAGCGUUAAAUCACUUGAUAUUGUUUUUGUGCCGAUUUUUAUGAUAAUCUUUUCGUUUCGGAACUGUAUUUCGGAAUUAAUUAAUAAAAUUAUUAAUUUUUCUCGUGA